AUGCCGAGAAAGACCACUCCCGCAGACGGUCUGCAAAUAUCGGCCCAGCAAUCCCGUUACGCACUCGACGCUGUCGAUGCGCCUUCUUCAAAAGAGAUCUGGGUGAAAGAUCUGAGCAUCUCACUGGGGCAAAAGGAGAUUCUAACACGCGCUGAGCUGCGUUUCAAAGAGCGCGCCCAUUAUGUGUUCGUUGGUCGCAAUGGAACUGGUAAGACUACUAUCUUCAAGGCCAUCGCCGAAGGACGUAUCCCGGGGAUUCCAUGGUCGACAAAGGUGCUUCUUUUGGGUCAGACACGAGAGAUAGGACUGGAGGAAGGAUUCGGUGGGUUGAAUAUCGUUGGUGGAGAAACUGUGCUGGAACAUGUUUUACGCAGCGACCAGGAGCGUGAAAAAUUGGUAAAAGAGGAGGAGGUGCUAGCUUCGGGAAUUGAAAGUCAGAACGAUCCACUUGCCGCGGUCAGAGCGUAUCGUACGAUUAGUCACCAAAGAUUGGGGAAAAAACUGGAUGAAAUGAAAAUGAUUGCCACACGGAGAAGCGGGGCGAGGGGAAAGAAGGCUAGGGAGGAACAGGUGAAGAUGGAGGAGGAAUUCGAACAAUCGAAGAAGAGACUGUGUGAGGAUCUAUCACUUUUGGAUGCAGCUGUGAUUAGCGAGGAGACAAAGGCUGCGGUGGACAUGCUGUCAGAGGUGCAGUCAAGUCUCGAGCUGAUAAACGCUGAUGCUGCCUCGUCCAGAGCUCGAACAAUACUGCUCGGGCUUGGAUUUUCCCCAGAGCAGAUUGAUGAUUCUAUGGACAAGCUCUCGGGAGGAUGGCGAACACGUUGUGACCUCGCGUGUGCCCUUGCCCAGAAAGCGGACGUUUUGUUGUUAGAUGAGCCGACUAAUUUCUUGGACCUACCUUCCAUAAUAUGGCUACAGGAUUAUAUUCGCAGUAUCGAAGAUACGACCGUGGUGUGUAUUACUCAUGACCGCGACUUUGCCGACGCGAUCGCAGAUGAGCUGCUCGUACUUCGCAAUCAGACGAUUGAAGUGUUUAGUGGCAACCUAUCGCUUUACGAAAGCGAGCGCAUCAAAAAGGCUAAGUGGCUCACAGACAUGAAGGAGGCACAGGACAAACAGAAGGCUCACAUGCAGCAGAGCAUCGCAAACAUGCAGCAACAGGCUCGCAAAGCCGGUGAUGACAAGAAGCUCAAGCAGGCGGUGUCUCGACAAAAGAAGAUCGACGACCGCAUGGGCCUCCAGGUCAAUGCCAGAGGCGGUCGCUUCAAGCUCAACCGCGACUUGGUGGGCUACUCCCUGACGAGACGCGCGGACAUCGAGGUCCCGGACUUCGACCCGCCCGUCAGGAUCAAGCUGCCCAGCGAGCCUACGGACCUACGCUUCCCAGGCGCUUUGGUCAGCCUUGAGAAUGUCUCCUUUAGCUAUCCCGUCACGGCGGAUGCGGGAGGAAGUCGGAACAAACGAGGGCCGGAAAUUCUGAGGGACAUCACGCUGACGAUCCAUCCCGGCGAGCGUGUUGGGCUCUGCGGGCUCAACGGCUCCGGCAAAACGACACUGGUGUCGAUCGUUGUGGGCGGAGGCAGUGACGGCGCGCCAUACACUUCCUCGCUCUCGGCUUCUGGCGGCGAACAGAUGGGCGCAGGCCUGACGCCUACAAAGGGCAACGUGACGCGGCAUCCGCGCGCUCGCUUUGGUCGGUUCUCGCAGCAGGUAGUCGAAGAGCUUGAGGCAUACGGGGCGGCGCACCGUGAGAUCACGGCGCUGAGGCACCUGAUGGACCACGCGGGCGCGGAGCUCCCGGAGAAGGAAGCGCGCGGUGUCCUGGGAAGCCUCGGCCUGCAGGGAGCGGUGGCGAGCGACGUGCCCAUCUUCGCGCUGAGCGGCGGCCAGAAGGUGCGGCUGGCGCUGGCCAAGGUCGUGUGGAAUGCACCGCACCUGCUGGUGCUGGACGAGGUUACCACGCACCUCGACGCAGACACGAUCCUGGGACUAAUCAUAGCGCUGCGCAGCUAUCGUGGCGCCUUACUCGUCGUGACGCACGACCGCUUCUUCUGCAGAUGCGUGGUCGAGGGUCAGAAUCCGGCGCGGCUCAGAACGAGGCCCGGUGUUACCGGCGCGGAGGACGACGGUGCCGGAGCCGCAGACACUGAUUCGGACGAAGAGGAUGGCGCUGGAAAUCAUGAUGGGCCAUUCAAGAAGGGGAUCGUGUACCGAAUGGUCAAAGGCCAGUUGAAAGUGCUUGAGGGCGGCAUGUCGCAAUACGAGGAAAUAUGUGAGCGGGCGGCCGCGAGGUUGACCGCCAAAGCGCAAAAGGCGUAA